CGGUGUACAGACAGGUGUACUUUAUUGUCUUUUUUAACAAGAACUUCCGACUAGAAACACACGAUAAUUAAUUGUCAUAUAGCAUACAUAUAUGUGAUUUACCAUUUGUUAUUCUGACAUUGAGCUAAACCAUGUAUUAAUUAAUGAUAUGUGAUUGAUCAGUGCUGUUAACAUUUAUGUGAAGCAUUUAACGUUAUUUCAUAAUUGAAAGUAGGGAAAUUCACUUAAGACAAAAUGCAUCUUGCGGUUAGUACGUGUCUUUUAAUUCUUACGAUCUGCACUUGUGGAAUUAAUGCUUCAAAUGAACAGAUAUUUGCUCCAGCUAUCCCAAGUACAGGAGGAGGAAAUGGUGGAUUCGGUCCGGGUGGCUCUCUGGCGGACAUGUAUUGUGCGUAUUGCAGACAACGAGGCUGGACCGAUUGUAUCCGAAGAUACUGUUUCGGAGGAUUUGGCGCGUUCGGGAUCGUAAAUCAAGCGGGUUUCAUUUCCAGUUUUCAGCCCCAGGAACGUUUUAUUUUCAAUGACGACCCUAAGUUUUAUCUUCGUUUGAAAUAUCUAUAUGAUAAUUGAUAGGUACUCACCAUUCUUGUUUUAAAGACUGAGGUUAUUCUAGCAGCUCAUCAUU